CGCCGUGCAUCAUUUCGUAGUAUUUUGUUUGGUACUCGGUCGGUAACGCCAUUUUGACACUAUAUCCAUUAUUUUGUUUAAGUUUUAGUGUGUAUGAUUUUCUAAAAUUAGCGUCUCGGUUUAAAAUAUUUUCAGUUUUUUAUUUUCGUAGCACUCCUCUGUCAUUUAAGAAUGUGGACGCAGCAGCAGCAGCAACAACUGCAACAACAGCAGCGGCCGACCGAGCAACAGAAGAAAGAUGAAGCUGCGCGAACAUUAGGAAUGACAUCAGCAAUCAGCUCAGCUCUUCCAAAGCCGAUAGAUAUCCAGAGAACGCAGGAACUGAUGGAGGCCCUCAAACCUUUUAAUGUUACAGAAUCUGACGCUGAACUUAGUCAUAGAAUGGAAAUUCUCAGCAAAUUGAAUCAACUAGUAAAAGAAUGGAUUUAUGAAGUAAGCAUCAACCGCAAUAUGCCUGGAAACGUAGCCGAACAUGUUGGUGGUAAAAUUUACACAUUUGGCUCAUACAGGCUCGGAGUUCACCACAAAGGUGCUGAUAUUGAUGCUUUAUGCGUAGCCCCUCGACAUAUUGAUAGGUCAGAUUACUUCACCAGCUUUUUUGAGAAGUUGAAAACUGUUCCAGAAGUAACGGAAUUAAGGGCUGUAGAAGAAGCUUUCGUACCCGUCAUCAAGAUGAAUUUCGAUGGAAUAGAAAUUGAUUUAUUAUUUGCCAGGCUAGCGUUAAAAGAAAUUCCAGAUUCAAUGGAUUUAAGAGACGACAUGUUGCUGAAAAAUUUAGAUCAAAAAUGUGUCAGGAGCUUAAACGGUUGCCGUGUGACUGAUGAAAUUUUAAGACUUGUUCCUAAUAUUGAAAAUUUUCGCCUAGCUCUGCGGACGAUAAAGCUUUGGGCUAAAAAGCACGGGAUUUACAGCAACGUUUUAGGUUAUUUAGGUGGUGUCUCUUGGGCGAUGCUCGUCGCAAGGACCUGUCAACUAUAUCCGAAUGCUGUUGCUGCUACGCUCAUUCACAAGUUUUUCAUGGUUUUCUCAAAGUGGCAGUGGCCCCAGCCUGUUCUCCUGAAGCCUCCAGACAAUGUCAAUUUAGGCUUCCCUGUUUGGGACCCAAGAGUGAACGUUGCCGACCGAUACCACUUAAUGCCAAUUAUCACUCCAGCGUAUCCUCAACAGAACUCUACUUUUAAUGUUUCCAUAUCAACGAGGACGAUCAUGCAGGAAGAAUUUAAGAAUGGACUUUCAAUAACAGAGGAAAUAGAAUUAGGCAAAUGUACAUGGGAUAAGCUGUUUGAAGCACCAAAUUUCUUUAAUAAAUAUAAGCACUACAUUAUACUUCUGGCCGCAGCCAAUACGCCAGAGGACCAACUGGAGUGGUGCGGACUGAUAGAAUCCAAAGUUAGGUUUUUAAUCGGUAAUCUAGAGAGGAACCAGCAUAUCAGCCUAGCUCACGUGAAUCCAGAAACUUUUAGUGAAAUGAAUCCUACGGAUGACAAGGCGCCACCAGGCACAAUGUGGUUCAUCGGAUUAGAAUUUCAAAAAUCAGAAAACUUAAAUAUUGAUCUUACUUAUGAUAUUCAAUCAUUCACCACUACUGUUCAUCGACAAGCCUUGCAAAUUAAGUUAUUAAAAGACGGUAUGCGGAUGGAGGCAAAGCAUGUCAAGAAAAAGAAUUUAUCUGAACACCUUCCACAAUAUCUUCUCAAAAAAGACAAAAAGAUCAACAGCACGGAAAAAAGAAACGGUACCACCUCGGACAGAACCUCAACGGAAAGGAAAAGGAGGUCCGAUUCAAAUAUGGAAGGGGGAGGUAAAAGGACUAGGGUUAAUAGCACAGAAACUAAUUCAGUUAACGAUGAAAGUUCAGCCACUUACGCGGCUCUCAACAAUACUGAUGAUUCCAUGUCGAAUAUUUCCCUCGAAUUAAAUGAAAAGAAAACCGCAGAAGCUGUAGAAUUAUUAAAGGCCAAUGAAAUUCAAAAAAGUUUACCGGAAGAAGUAGUUACGUGACAAGGAGUCUAGGAGCUCUGUGGGAAUUCAUCAGUAUUCAAUCAUCGAUGUGGAUAACUUUACGAGGAUGUUUUUGUUUUGUAUCAUGGUAAAAAGCAGCAUCUGAUCCUAUCGUCUUCGGUGAUUUUAAAUUUAAUUAGUACUUUAUGUUCGUUUCUUUUCCAUUAUUUAAUUUUUCUUUCCGUAUGUUUCUUCUAUUUUCUCUUUUGUAUAUGCGAUUUGUAAAUACGACGAGCAAAAAACCCCCUCCAGGCCUCAUAGUUUUAAAUUAUUCAAAAUUUUAAUUGUGAUGCUAUCAAUGCUAUCAUUAACGUUCAACUUAGGUAGGAAUUAAAUUAUUUCCAGUUCUAAAUUUCUAUGUAUUAAAAUAAUAAAAUGCCAAAAAAAAAAAAAAAAAAAAAAAAAUUAAAGGUAAAAGGUGAAAAAAAAAAAAAUGAGCUAAGAAAAAAAGUAUAUUGAAUAUAGGGAAAAAAAAGAAAAAAAAAUACUAGGUAGAAAUCAGUUGAGUUAUUUAUCAUCCGGUAAUAAUGGUUCUCAAUUAUUUACUUCUCUAUUUUAUUUUGCAUUUCUGUAUUUCCUUUAAGAGUAUAUAUCUUCAAUGCAAGCAAGAAUAUCGAUGCUAUUGUAAAAUUAGGUGUAGUCAUAGGCAUCUAUCUAUUUUUUUUUUUUAAAUUUUUGUUAAAUAUUUAUCGGACCUUGACACAUGACUGUCAUGUACGGUGUGAAAUUGUAUAUUAUUUUCAUCUCAAGUUUUCACAUUUAACGACCAAUCGAUCUUUUCGUUUCUUGUCAAGAACUUUUGUCAUAGUCUUGAGUGCCACGCGACUGGCAAGCCGUGUUUGAUGUUUAAUCAGGGAAAGUAAAGCGCAAAAUUCAAAGUGGAUAAGCAACGGAUCGGCUUUCUGACGUUUUUAGUGGUCGUAUGCUAUCAAGAUGUCCAUAUUAUACACCCUAGAUCAAAUUCAAGCAUAGGUUUUUGACGUCAUUGAAUAUUUUGAAACCAAAGAUGCAGGAAUCCUUGAUGAAAUCUUUAGUUUUGUAUUUUACCCUAUCGUCAAUAAAUGUGCGACAUGCCAAUCUAGGUUUGUGAUAUUCUAUUUUCCUGUCGUGACUAGGCAGAGAGUUGAUGUGUCAGCCAUUUGGCAACAAGGUUGAUAUUAAGCAGAACUUUAUUGCGCAGGUCUUAAAAGUUCUAAAAACUUGAGCUUUCUUCACAAUCUCACCUUCGAUUUAUUUCCUCUUUUUCUUGUCGGGCAAUGUAGAGGCAAGACUCGAGCUCUUCUUCCCAUCUUGAUUUUCUAGUAAUAAUUUUAUUAGAAAUCACAUAUUCAUUGAAGUAAACAUAAUGCUACUUCGCUUUUCUCUCAAAGCUGAAGUUUUUGAAUCAUGAAAGUAUUUUGUAUGACACAUAUGGGCGGAACUAGGAAUUUUCUGAGUGCGGACACAGAAGGAUUUAGAGCAAGGACUUAGCGAAAGUAAAGUUCUGUUCCCUCUGUAGUAACGUAAUGUUAAAGUGAGGUAAUGUCAAAGUUCCUGUAGACUGAUUUACCUCUAAAAUAUUUUUAAAAGCAAUCUUCAUUGUAAAACGGUCAUUGGUAAAACUAUUAUUAUGGUGUGAAAUUUGUUUUCUCCCUAAUGAGCCUCACUAGAGUCCAGGGCAGUUCGUUCUGAAAUGAGCAGCAUCUGUUGGGUCAAGUUCGUCUACCAGAGAGGAUGAGAGGAUGUCUGUAUGAUCACCUCUUGGAACGAAAUGCAUUAUAAUCCCAGCAUCUCCAACUAUAAGUCAUAGGUUCAAUGGCUACCCCAUUUACCAAGAAUAUGCACCUGAUUUAAAAAAAAUCAACCAAAUCCACCCACCUCACAGACUACAACCAGAAAAAAGCCACUGGUCAUAGUCAAUUGAAUGCAGAUAUACUUCCACACGUUUUGCCCUCUCUCGGCACUUUCUACAAUGCUGAAGUCACUUUUACCUAAUUUGACCCUAGGAAAAUUUUUGGAAAUUGGAAUGUCUCGAGAGCGAUUUUAAGCCACUUUCAAUUAGCAAAAUUGUGGGGGCGGGGAGAGACCCUGGCCCCCAUAGUUCCACCCAUGAUGAUUCGUAACUCUUGCUUGGUUAAUUCAAGGUUUUGUCGUUCUUUUCAAUGUGUUUUGCUUUCCACUGGCGCAGUCUGGUCGUUUAUCUUUUCUAAUUUUUUCAUGAUUUCCUAAUAUCAGAAGAAAGGAUUAUUCAGAAAUCAUUUUUAUUUUUUCUUCUCUUUGUUCUUGUUUGAAGUCUCUCGUAUGAGGUAUCUGAUAUUUACCUACCAAUUCAUAGUUUGUAAUCCGAAUUGUAUGCUGUUCAGCAUUUUUCAUUUAUUUUAUAUCUGCUGAGUAUGUGCAAUUUUCCCCUGUAAUUUCUUAUCUAACCGUACCCUUGCCCAUCUUGUUUAAUAUUUCAACUUUUGCAGUUUAGAUUUUAAAGUUUUGUGGAUUCUGCUAACUAAUCACUGAGUGGAAUCAAAAGAAAAAGGAAAAGAAUCUUCAUCGGUUUUGAGGAGUUUUCUUUUAUUUUCGGAAGAUUCUAGGCUAAAAUGUUAUAUUCUUUUUCUAUCAUCAAUGUCAUUGUUUUCUUCUAUGUUCCAUUUCUGGUGUCCUUCAUUUUAUUCUCUCUUCAUUCUGAGGUUAUUUCCUUUUUUUUCUUUCUCAUUCCUUUUUCCUGUUUGUGAAAACGCCGGGUUUCAGUUUUUGUUGUUUUCAUUUUUUUUUUACACGUGUUCCUUCCGAUCCUAUUUUUUUUCCUCUGGUUUUAAUCUAUUGAUCCUAAUAUCUGAUCCAUCAAUUUUUUGUUUGACAGAUUUUAUCAAUCAAUAAAACCAAACGUUUGUUCCUAUUUUACUCUUGUUAAAUGUUGAAGCACCUUUAAAAAAUUAAGAAACGCAGUACCGUCUUUGACUCUCUCCUCAUAGAUGUUUGAAUUUUUUCUCUGUGAUUUCUUCUCUUUUUUUCAGUGGCUCACAGUCCAAUUUAUUGUCUCUCACUUUGGCAACAUUGAUAAACUGUUGAAAAGAAGAUUCAUGUUAAAUCUUUAACAUUUUCUGCAAUUUUUGCAGAAAUUCAGGCAACUCUGUGGUGGUUGUCUUCGUAUCUUAAUCUACCUGGACGGCUCUCUUUUUGAUUUUUGAUAGGAUCCUAAUCUCCCAUUUUUGUCAGUUUUUUUUUCCCAAUUUCUUUUGGGUAAAUAUUUACCCUUUUCAAUUUUUCAACGGUCUCCAAAUGAAAUUGUCAUACGUAUGUAGGCAGGAAACGCUCAGUUAUGAGAUACUGAUUGAAAUCCGAUUCCAAAAGUCUUCUUGUUUUUGUUCUUUCUUUUUUCUUUUCCUUUGGUGUUAUCAUCCCGGAGUCUGAAUAUUCAUAAAUCAGGAAAAAUAUCGAUCUAAACAUCUUAGUAGGACCACACACUGAUCUCUACUGAUGUUCAUUGUACUUCUUACAAAUGAGUAACUAAUGUUUGACUGACUGUUUAAAUCAAUCGAAGUGUUCGUCGUAACAGAAUAGAAUACAAUAAAAUAAAAUCGAAAAAACAAUUUCACGCAAGCUUCCAAGUUUUUAAGUUAUCUGCAGACACUAUGGAGCUUCUGAAGUUUGUGAGUUAGUAUAAAUCUUAGAAAGAAACCCUUCUUCCUUAGCGAAUUGAAGUCUUUAACAAAACUGUCAAAACUGGUGUGCAUUUUUGUGUUCACUCAUCGAUUCCAUAAUAUUUUUUGAGCAAGGAAUGUCACUUCCUUAAAAACUUGUAAUACCUAUGCCCGUUUUUAGGGGUUUUUUAUUUUAUUUUAUUUUUUUCAUUUAUGUAUUUUUUUUUAUUUAUUUUUUUAUUUUUUUUUAUUAAAAAUUUCUCUCUCCCUCUUUAUCCUUUUGAGAGUCUCUCAAAUAAUAUUAACAAAUUCUGGAAAAUGUAAGUUAUCCAACUAUGUAUUCAGAACAUGUUUUCAGCAACUGUACAGUUAUUGUUUCUUCGUUUUUUUACUUCAAAACGUUGACAGAUAAUCUUAAACUCUCAGAACCAUGAACUUCUAAACUAAAGAGAUUAAACCAACAGUUACUGUUCUUCAACAGGAUCAAUCAAAUGAUUUUACUGUCGCAAAUUUUCUGUUCCAACCAUGAAAGUUCUUAAAAUUUUAAGUAUGAAAAAGUUAUUAGUUGUCUGUAUGGUAAAUAAUCUUUGUGAGAAAAAUGUAGUCUUAAGUCAAGAAAACAUCAAAUUGAUGAUAAUCAUUUAGAGAACAACUUCAAGAACAUCUCGAGCCCUGACCACCGACUGGCUCAUCCAUUGAAAUUGAUUGCUCUAGUUCAGAUCUAUAAGGUGUUCCCUUAUAGAAGCGAGGCUCCAUCAAGGUCAAUAUUUAUGAUAAGUUAGUGGUCUAGAAGUCUGACUCCCAAGUUUUCACCAACUCAUUACUAACUGCAUUAUUGUAGUAUUGAACUGUGUAUUCUGAAAUUAUUUCUGAAGAUUAAUGUUGUGAUGAAAAAUGUAUUUAUUCGAAUCGUAGCUUCGAAUGCUUAUCAAAUGUAUUGAGUCUAGCUUAAUGCCUUGAAGACGAAUGGUUUUCAAGGAAAAUGGGGAUUUUAAAAGAUGAAUUGUGCUUGUGCAAUUUAAAAAAAAAAAAAAAAUUGUGACUAAGCUCCGCGGGUGCGUCAGCCAAGGCAAAGCGCCUUUGAAUUUUAUUAUAAAGCGCCAUUUGAUCAAGCUCUGUCAUGUAUAUUGUAGCGACCCAUUUGAGAUUUGAGAAAGUGUUAAUCUGAGUUCUUCUAAGAUUGAUUAGGUAAAUUGAUCGCUGAGUUAAAAAGACAGUAGAAUGUAUUGUUGGUGCUUUCUCAAUGAGUUAUAUAGUAAGUGAUAUCAGUAACUUUAAAAUCCCGUUUUUUUUUAAAAAAAAAAAAAAAACUUUCUUUCAAGUCCAUUUAACAACCUCUCAUAGUUUCCCUUCUUUAUUUUGUUUAUUUGUUUCCUUUGAAAAAAGAAAUUUUCGUAAAAAUUAAUUUAUAUAUUUCAUUUAAUCUCCUACAGAAAAAUAACUCCCCACCAAAAACAGAGAAACCAAUUCCUUAUAGUUGAAAUUUUUAUUCAUUUCUUCUCCUUAUUAGUCAGGCUGUUGAGAAAAAUUAGUUUAUAUUAUGUACUUUAUUUAUAGUCUUGAAUGAAGGACACAUUUUUCUGAAGUUCUCUUAUUAGAAGAAAUGAAUAAGAACGUCAGAAUCACCAUUGCUGGCUGGCAUCAGGCCAUUUUUUUUCACUAUGUUGACCCACAGCAACGGGAGAACAUAAGGUGAACUCAAUUAUAAGGAAUUGUGUGAUCCCCGAAAUAUACUUGUUACACUUUAUUUUUAAAUAUUAGAUUACAUUCAAUGUUAAUUCUGUGUUACCUAUUUUGUCCAUACUUUUCAAAGCAAAUCAGACCUGAAAUUGUAUCAUCCUUAUUUUGUACUCGAAUUGUAAUUUUUUUUUAUCAAUUUUUUCAAUAAAAUCUUCCGCUCCCCCUUCAA